AUGUCAAAAGCCACCUCGAAUAUCACAGUUUUAAUUGAUAAUUAUGAUUCUUUUACUUGGAAUGUAUAUCAAUACCUUUCAGAUCUUAAUGCUGAAGUUCAAGUUUAUCGAAACGACGAAAUUACUAUUGAUAAUUUGAUUUCACUUAAACCCAAAAAUAUUAUAAUUUCUCCUGGACCAGGUCAUCCUUCAACCGAUGCGGGAAUUUCUAGUGAAGUAAUUCAUUUCUAUGCAGGAAAAAUUCCUAUUCUUGGAAUUUGUCUUGGUGAACAAUGUAUUUUUGAAGCUUUUGGUGGUAAAGUUUCUUAUGCUGGAGAAAUUGUUCACGGUAAAACUUCAAUCAUAAAACAUGACGGAAAAGGAAUUUAUAUUAAUGUGCCAAAGGAUAUUUCAGCUACUAGAUAUCAUUCUCUAGCUGCUCAACAAAAUACUAUUCCUGAUCAAUUAGAGGUGACUAGUUGGAGUGAAAGUGGAGUUGUAAUGGGUGUUAGACAUCGAGAAUUUACCAUUGAAGGAAUACAAUUUCAUCCCGAAAGUAUUCUUAGUGAAAAUGGUAAAAUAAUUCUUGAAAAUUUUUUAAAAUUAGAAGGAGGAAUGUGGGAAAAUAAUCCGAAAUUUUUUGUUAAAUCACCAUUGGCCAAAACUCAAAUUUCAACCAACUCGGUUCCUUCAAUUUUGGAAAGAAUUAAAAAUCAAAGGUUGAUCGAUAUUGCAAAUGCUAAAAAUCAACCUGGAUCAUCUUCACUUGAUUACGAAAAAUUAUUAUCACUUCAUGUGGCUCCUCCUUUAAUUGAUUUUGUUGUCAGGAUAAAACAAACAUUACCAAAAUAUCCUGCCAUUUUUGCUGAAGUUAAACGAGCUUCUCCAAGUAAAGGUAAUAUUGACAUAACGGUUAAUGCUGCGGAACAAGCUCUAACUUAUGCGAAAGCGGGUGCUUCUGUAAUUUCAGUAUUAACUGAACCAAAAUGGUUCAAAGGUACUUUAAAUGAUAUGAGACAAAUUCGAGAUGUAUUAUCAACAAUUCCUAAUCGACCAGCUAUAUUACGAAAAGAUUUUAUAUUAGAUACUUAUCAAAUUAUGGAAGCACGUAUAUACGGAGCUGAUACUAUAUUAUUAAUUGUCUCAUUAUUAUCAGAUGAAAAAUUAAUGGAAUUAUAUAAAUUUUCCAAACAUCUCGGUAUGGAACCUUUAGUAGAGGUUAAUAAUGAAGAAGAAAUGAAACGAGCUGUAAAGUUAGGAGCCAAAGUAAUUGGAGUUAACAAUAGAAAUUUACAUACAUUUGAUGUUGAUUUAAAUACCACUUCCCGUCUAGCUGAGAUGGUAUCAGAUGACGUGAUAUUAGCAGCUUUGAGUGGAAUAACUGAAAGAGAUGAUGUUGUUAAAUAUCUUGAACAAGGAGUUGGAGCAUUAUUAAUUGGUGAAGCACUGAUGAGAUCAAAAGAUAAGAAAGCAUUUAUUCACGAAAUUCUUGGAUUAGAUAAAUCCGUGAAAAAAAAAUCAAAUACCGAGAAGGUGGUAGUUACACCUUUAGUAAAAAUUUGUGGAGUAUCAACGAUCGAUGCAGCAAUAGAAGCAGCCGAUGCAGGGGCAGAUUUUAUUGGACUUAUUUUUGCUAAAUCCAAAAGACAAGUAACAAUUGAUCGAGCGUUAGAAAUUGUUGCAGUUAUACGAGACUUUCAAUCAGAAAAAAUUAAUGAAACGAAAGAAGAAGAAGUUAACGAGAUUAAUGGUAAAGAAGAUUCUCUACCAGUAUAUUUCGAACAACAAUAUGAUUGGUUUAAUUUACAAGCGAACAGAAUAAAUAGAAACACAAGAAAACCAUUAAUAGUGGGAGUAUUUCAAAAUCAACCAUUAGAUGAAAUAAUUAAAAUAGUUGAUCAUUUGAAAUUAGAUUUAGUUCAAUUACAUGGAGAAGAAACAUUAGAAAUGUCAAGAUUUAUACCUCUACCUGUAAUUAAAGCUUUUCAUAUUGAUGAAAGUUUUUCCAAUCCGACGUUAGUUUCUCAACCAGGAUAUAAUGCAUUAUCUUUAUUAGACACAAAAGUGACGAUAACUAAAGAUUCGAAAGAGCAACACCAAGGAGGAGGAGGAAUUGCCUUUGAUUGGAAUAUAGCAUUAGAUAUUAAAAAAAGUGCAUCGAAAAAUGUAGGGAAAUUCGGAUAUCCAAUAAUUUUAGCGGGAGGAUUAAAACCAGAAAAUGUCGUAGAGGCCAUAGAAUUAGUGAAACCAUGGUGUGUUGAUGUAUCAAGUGGAGUUGAGACAGAUGGAGUAAAAGAUUUAGAUAAAAUUAGAGAAUUCAUUAAAAAUGCAAAAUCAAUUAUUUACGAAGAAGAGGAUGAAGAAAAAAUUGAGGAUGAACAAAAAACGGAAAUUUGA